AUGAACAGCUCAGUGCCAGGGCUGCUGCCAGCGGGACAGCCCGGCGAGUGCGAACCCAGUCACCCGGUGCAGUUCAUGCUGGUGCCCGCUGUCUACUGCCUGGUGCUGUGUGUGGGGCUGCCGGGCAACCUGGUGGCCUUACUGGUCUUCCUGCAGAGCGGCAAGGUGAGGAAGGCCAUCCGCAUCUACCUCAUCAACCUCACGCUGGCCGACAUCCUCUUCAACCUCACCCUGCCCCUCUGGAUCCCCUACUACCUGGCCGGGGGGGACUGGCUGCUCUCGGAGGCCGCUUGCCGCCUGGCCGGGGCCACCUACUACCUGGCGACCUACAGCGCCGUCACCUUCAUGGCGCUCAUCAGCUUCAACCGGUUCUGCGCGGUGCGGCGGGCGCGGCGGGCGCUGCCGCUGACGGGGCGCCGGGGCGCCGCGCUGGCCUGUGCCCUGGCCUGGUUGCUGGGGCUGGGCUGCGCCGCGCCCACCCUGGCCACCCAGCAAACCUUCCCUGCCCGCGCCGGGGCCACCGCCUGCUUCGAGCAGCACGGCCUGGGCAGGCAGCAGGCCUACGCCUACGCCAUGGUGGGCUUCUUCGCCGCCGCCUUCCUGGUGGUGCUGGGCACCUACGUCUCCAUCGCACGGGCGCUCUCGGCGCCUGCCGCCCUCUCGCCGGGCUCCCACCGGCAGCAGGCGCGCGCCAUGGUCCUAGGGAUGCUGCUGGUCUUCGUGGUCUGUGUGGCUCCCUACCACCUCACGCUGGCCCCCUGGGUGGGCAGCCAGCCCCCUGAGCCACUCUGCGGGCCCCCCACCACCCUGGAUGUGCUGCACGCGCUGAGCGUGGCCCUGCUCAGCCUCAACAGCUGCCUCGACCCCCUUGUCUACUGCUUCUCCAUCCGGCGCUUCCGCGCUGACCUGGGACAGACCCUGCGCAAGAUCAGCUGCUGCCUCCUGCUCUCCCCCCAGGCACCCUCCAGGCCCGUGCCCAGCGUCCGUGCAUCCUCCUUUGCCUCCUAG